CUGGACCUCGGGAGUGCAGCUUUCGACACUUGUCUUGCGAUUGAGCCGCUGAAGAAGGAGAACACGACAUUUCGGACUCCGAUCGGGAUGAAACAGAGACCUGUAUCGUCGCUGGACCUGCACCUGGUUGCCAUGAGGAACGAUGGAACGGGAGCUUCCAGAUCGUUAAAUCUUCGGCUCAAACACCUAUCAACUACCGAUGUACCUGCAGCUUCUUCUUCCUCGAACGAGGACCACGACAGUUUUCCAUUCGUUAGCAACGGCCCGUUGUUUGGUAUUGGAGGAAUCGUUCUCCGCAGGCGUAUCAGCAUGACCGGUCCAAACUCCCAGCCCCGCCCAGUCUCCGCCUCGUUUGUGGACCCGCCUACCAUAAAGAAGAUGGUCGCAGCAUCGAGAAUGUCUCUGCAGCCUUAUGGAGGGAGUCUGACUGACAUCACGCGACCGGACAGCCCCGCCCAGGGAGACGAGAGCCCGACCAUGUCCAAGAUCCGCCCGAAACGCCCCGCCCCACAGGCACCCGGGAUACCCCAGCCUCUGAGUCGAACGGGUACCCCAGACUCCGGGCGGAGUACCCCAAAAGGAUUCAGAACGCAGUCGCCGCUAGUGGGGUACCAGUCGAGUCUACCUAUCAUCUUCCCCUCACCUCAGUGGUCCAGUCGCGAAAAACUCACUAACACGAUGACCCCUAAUGGCAGGGUCACACCCACUGGUCCCCCAAUCAUCAACAACCACCUCCCGCCUGGUGCCGCCUUCGAACAGCAUCGCACGACCGUCUCUUCACCUCCGAAGAUGCUAGCACUACAGCGAAACGUCAGCUCCCCACAAUUACCCUCACCUCCUCAAUUAUUACCCGUCAUCCACCGAAACACGAGCUCGCCUCAACUACCCAUGAUACCCAUCCAGGAAGAAGACACGCCCAUCAUCCACCGCCCCGUGGCUCUGCCGGAAAUAUUAACCCCUUCCUCACCACCGGUGAUCAUGAACGGACACAUCCCCACACCACCACCACCGUUUCUCCGUCGCGAUUCUCUCUACAUCAGCCCGAGAAAACAGUCUCUCACACUCCCUGCUGUGGACAAGAAGCGGCUUAGAGUCAGUCAAAUCCUGGAAACGGGAGGGAUACGCGGAGGAGACCUGAGCAGUAGUCGAUUGGACCUCCUGGAGGCCAUAAGGAAGGGAAUCCAGUUGAAGCAGGUGGAGGAGAAGGAGAGGGAGAAGGAGAACCUGGUCAGCAUGCCGUGGGACGUGGCCGCCAUCCUGGAACGAAGACGGGUCAUGGAAUUGGAAUCGGACACGAGCGAGGAGGAAGAGAGUAACGACACCGAGUGGGAGGACGACGAUUAG